AUGGCAUCAUCUUCAUCAGCUAAUUCAGACAAACAAUGGGUAACCGAUUUAGAGAAUCAAAAUAUAGAUGGAUGCAAGAAGUUGCGUCACCUUCUCAUGACAUGUGCUGAUCCAAUUGCAACCAUUAAAGACUUUCAGGAACGCAACAGUAUAAGAUUACCCACUUUGUAUCCAGCAUUACGACUUCUUGACUUACAUGGUAUUCGUCGAUCAGAAUUCCAUGAAGUGGCAGUAGGUGAUAUAUCAGAGUUGUUGAUUGAAAAAAUUAGAGAAUUAGGCGAAGAUGAUAGUCCGGAUUCGGCACGCAUUCUAGAAAAACAGUUGGAAAGAUGUUUUAAGCUAUAUCGAGUUCCUCUAAUACGACCAGUUGUUUUAGAGACAUUGAAACAACUGCCCAAAGCUCCAGAUAGAUAUCUGAAAGUAAUUCUGGCAGAUCGACAACUUUACAAUAGUUGUGCAGUAACGGUUCGACAGCAGAUUUGGUUGAAAAAUGAUUCGUUAUUUUUAACAUCAAUAACUCCAGUUAUAGAUUCUUAUAUUGACGAAAAAGUGAAAAUUAUGCAGUUAAUAGAUUACGUGCACAUAAACUAUUUCACUUCUGAAACGACCAGAUCUAGACGUCGAUUUCCUCAAGUUGUUGAGCUGAUGUCAAUGGUAGGGAAGCAUGAAUCAUUGUAUCGACGACUGAACGAUGUGGUCCGUAAAUGUUUCGUUAAGACUGGUGAUACUACGUAUUGUACAUUACGAAUGGAAAUUGUGAUGUCAGCUCAUGAUUUAAAUAUUGAAUCUGUUAUUCGAUCAGAUCCGUGUCAUGAUUUCGCAUGGUGUUUAGAUGCAUGUGUUAGGGACAAGCACCUAGAUGUGCAAUUGACAGCUAAACUUAAAACUUUAUUGGACAUGAAAAAACUUCCAUCAGAGGCUGUUGGAGAUUUUGCUAUGAUUGCUGGUGAUGCACAUGUCAUUCAUUUUUUGAGUUCAAUGGCAGUAAAGGUAUUGCGUGAUUCGGCUGUUAAUGGGACUGGUCAAUUGCCAAGAGAUUUAGUUUCUCUUCAGCUUAUUUUGAGAUUACUGUGCUUGGGAACAAAGGCGCAUAAAGUUAUGACUACUAAAAAUAUCACUUGUAUACCGAAUAUUGAUACACUUAUAUUCACAAGGUUCUUGCCUUCACUGAAUAUGUUAAUUGUGGAAGACGUUAUCCGACAUGAACUAUGUCGUGCACCUGAAGAUAUUGCUGACGAAAAUCCGAUGACUGAUUUCUUAUCCAGGCCUUCGGAAGAGAUGAUGUGUUUUUUGAAAACGAAUAUGAUUUGUGCUUUGCUCUGGCUACAUUAUAUUUUAGACAUUAUCCCAUUCAAACGUCGUGUUAUCGACUUACAGGGCAUGAUGAGAUAUCUAAAAAUAAUCCCUCGUCUAAAAGAGAAGGUUGCCUUUAGUAAUCCUUGGUUACACGUAUUUGUUUUUCGCUUGCUGCAGUCACCACCUCAUGACAAUUUGUUAUCAGUUGAGCAAGUCUCAUACUUUAUCAUUCAGGAGUAUUUGCUGAAAGCAAUUACUCACCAUCCAGACGUUAAAUAUCAGUUAUUACGUAUUAUACAUCUUAUGUCGUCAUAUAUUGGUGAUUUCCGUUGUCGUUUACUUCUCGAUAAAAUUGUACCUGAGGCAGUUUGUGAUCUAGAUGAUCCCGAACUGGAAGUUGACUUGAGACGUUAUUCACUUGAACACCAACGUGUUAGAUGCGCACUGUCGGAAAGAAGUUCGGCAGAAGGUUCGUCAUCAACUACAUCAAUUUCCGAAGUUCCAUCCAUCACAGAAAUGUAA